GCGGGAAAAUGUAACACAGCAUUGCAGAUCGACUGACGCAUGGGAAUCCGACAGAGCCUCCCCCACUAACGUGGGACUCGGGGAUUGGGAGUCAUACUUUCAAACGCAGUCACACGAAGUUGAUAGUGACCAAGGUGAUAUGACACCCUACAUGAUUGUAACAAUGUGCCUCUGUACAAGUCUGACGUCCACUGUAACUUAAUGAGGCUAUGGCAGCCGGCCGCCUGCGAGUUUCUUCUGUCCCGCUGACUUAUCUAGGCUCUGCAUGGUGUGGAUGCCAUGUGCAUCCUGUGGUUCCCUCCUUUAUAAUAUCCUCCAGGACUUCACAGCGUUCGUUUGAAUCCAUCCCUCAGGCUUCAGCUAUCAUAACACCCCCAGGACCCAGGAGAGAUGAACCUCGGUGGAGUGCAACAAGUCGUCAUUACUUCCAUUCGUGCAACUGAUCUCUCGAUUGGUCUCCAACGGAUCCCCGCCGGGUUUCAUGCGGUAGUCAAGGCUGACGGUGCUGAAUACCAGACAAGCAAUCUAUCUAUACACGUAGACCAGGCUGUCGUCGAAUGGCACGAGCGCAUUCCUCUGCCGUGCGAUCCAUCUUCUAAAGUUCGGGUCAGCGUGUAUGCCUCAUUUGAAUUGGGUCCCAUGGUUUGUCACGGAGAACUCCUCCGUACAUUCGAUAUCUCUGUCGCAGAAUUGCUGGAUCACAGCGAAAGGUCUCAUCCCGUGAUCUUUGAGCCAAAGCAGGACAUCGUAUCCGCUUGCACUUCAGUGUUCAUGACGGUGGGGCAGCGACAUUCUGAUCAAGACGACGGCGAUCUUCUUUGUCCCCUUACUACCUUUACCUCCCGUGAAAUGGAUGCGUUAACUGUAAAGACGGAUGCCGGACAUCGUCUUCUCGCACGAUACCGGAGAACGCAGAACAGUAGAGAUCUGGACCAAUCCAUAAACCAUUUCAAACGCGCCUCGGAUCUGUGCCACGUGGAUCAUCCCUACCGCCCUGCGGCACUGUUUAAUCUAGCCACGGCAAAGUUCAUUCGUUGCCAAGCUAACGGAAGAUCCCUGGACCUCGAUAUACCCAUAUCUCUUUUUGAAGAGGCACUUGAUUUGCGUCCCGCUGGCCAUCCAGACCGACCCACCACCCAGCUCCAUCUUGCCAUUUCUCUGCUCUCUCGCUUAGCGAAACGGGGAUAUCAAACAGAUGUCGACAUGGCUGAAGAGUUACUGAGCGAAGUCCUUGACGUCUGCCACCCCAAAAGCCACAUUUACAAAGAAGCUUCGAUUGCAAUGGAAACACCCGCUCUGCCUUCUGCUGGAAGCGUGGAUGCAAACAAUGUUGAGCAGGAGCGGCCUGCCGCAUCCAUACUUCCGUUAUCGCCGAAUCAACUUACUGAUCGAGCAAAGGGGUGUUUGCAGAGAGAUGAACCGCGUGACUUAGAUGAAGUGAUAUCCCUUCAUUAUGAUGCACUGCGAUGUUACAACACCGGAUAUGCUUCCCGAGGGCAAUUGCUGUGUAAUGUGUCCGUAAUGUUGCUAACUCGGUUCAAGCGUCGAGGGAACGGCAAAGACCUGGAUCAGGCUUUCGCACUUCAGACGGAAGAGCUGGCCUUGUGUCCGGUUGGUCACACAGGUCGGUCCAUGUCAUUAAAUAACCUCGCGAAUAUACUCUUCUCCCGCUUUGACCUCCGAGGCAACGACGAAGACUUGGAUGAGGCUAUCGCACUUGACAGGGAAGCGCUGGCCUUGCGCCCGGUCGGUCACACGGAUCGGUCCAGGUCAUUAAAUAACCUCCCGACUUCACUCUUCUCCCGCUUUAAGCACCGAGGCAACGACGAGGACUUGGAUCAGGCUAUCGCACUUUCCAGGGAAGCACUGGCCUUGCGCCCGGUCGGUCACCCAAAUCGGUCCAUAUCAUUGAGUAACCUGGCGAAUCAUCUCUCCUCCCGGUUUGAACACCGAGGCAACGAGGAAGAUUUGGAUCAGGCCAUCGCACUUCUGAAGGAAUCGUUGUCUUUGUGCCCGGUCGGUCACAUAGAUCGGCCCUUGUCAUUAAAUAACCUUGCGACUCAUAUCGCCCAUCGCUUUGACCACCGGGGCAACGAGAAAGACUUGGACCAGGCUAUCAUACUUCACAGGGAAGCGUUGGCCUUGUGCCCUGUCGGUCACAAAGAUCGGUCCAUGUCAUUGAGUAACCUCUCGAAUCUACUCUCCUCCCGGUUUGAACGCCGAGGCAAUGACAAAGACUUGGGUCAGGCCACAGCACUUCAGAAGGAAGCGCUGGCCUUGCGCCCGGUCGGUCACACAGAUAGGUCCGCGUCAUUAAAUAACCUUGCGACUCUAUUCUCCUCCAGCUUUAAGCACCGAGGCAACGACGAAGACAUGGAUGAGGCUAUCGCACUUCACAGGGAAGCACUGGCCUUGCGCCCGGUCGGUAACCCAGAUCGGUCCAGGUCAUUAAAUAAUCUCGCAGCCGAACUCACCUCCCGUUUUGACCACCGAGGCAACCGAGAAGACUUCGACGAGUCACGAGAGAGCCUACGCUAUGCAUUGACGCUGUUGACACAACAUGAUCCUUAUCAAUUAGUCGUCCAUCUGUCGCUAGCCAAAGUCUAUCUGUCGUUCCAUCGUUCAGGCCUUGAGGACACCAGCGCAGGUGAAGAUACUGAUAGUCUGAAUGCUGCCAUGCAUCAUUUCAAGGCAGCAGCAAAUGUUGUCUCUGCAGGCUUGAUGUUUCGCCUGGAACUAAGUCUAUUUUGGGUUCACCAUGCUGAUGAACACAGACAUGGUACUCAAUUGGAGGCUUAUGCAACUUCCAUGCAACUUCUGGAUGCUUACAUGUCUCAGACGGCUUCAGUAUCGUCUCGUCACAAUAUCAUGAAGGGCUUCCCAACUACACUUGCCGUCGAUGCAGCGUCGUGUGCUCUUCGUAGCGGUGAUGUGUGUUGCGCUGUUGAAUUGCUGGAACAAGGCAGGACCAUCAUUUGGACCCAGAUGACACGACUCCGCACCCCUCUUGACAGCCUCCAGACUCGCGGCGAUCAUGCAGCAGCCCUGCUGAAGAAAUUCAGAGACCUCAGCUCCCUCCUCGACAAACCUCCUGCGAGCCAUCCAGAAGGGACUCCAAUAGUCAAUGUGGAAGCAGAAGAAACCCGGUACAGACGUAUAGUGGAGGAUUGGAAUAGAGCUGUAGAAGAGAUCCGGAAGAUUGAGGGCAUGUCUCGCUUCCUCCUUCCCCCCUUAUUCUCAGAUCUUCAAGAUGCAGCUCGUGAUGGGCCUAUCAUCCUACUCAUCGCAAGCAAGUCAUCCUGCCACGCCAUUAUCAUUCCGCACAAGCAACCUCCGACUAGCAUUCAACUCCCUACCAAUCUUGACAAACUCCAGAUAUUAGUGCGCGCGUUCCAAGAGGGAGCUCAAAAAGAGGCCGGUCCUAAAGGGAACCAAACAGCGCUGAAAAAACCUUUGAGAGAGUUGUGGGACCUCGUCGCCUGCCCAGUGGUGGAGAGUCUGGAAGGAUUUGCACGACGAGGUUCUCGAAUAUGGUGGUGCCCAACGUCUCUGUUCAAUUUCUUGCCGUUGCAUGCUGCCGGCGAGUAUAGGGCAAAGGGAAAGUCUGUUUCGCAGCGAUACAUCUCUUCAUACACGCCAUCGCUCACCGCCUUGAUCAAGGCUCGCGCAAGUCAUAAUAGGCCCUCGUCAGUUCCCUUCGUUGCCAUUGGUCAGGAUUGCCCAGCCGGUGCCGAAUUCACUUUGGAUGCUGUGGAGCCUGAGCUGGAAUUGGUGCGGAGACUUUUGCCUCCUCCUCCAACGGUUUCUUUCUCCAAGAUAACCAGUGCUGAUGCCACAAAAUCGAGAGCACUGCGCGCAUUACGAGACAAUACUUGGUUCCAUCUCGCGUGUCAUGGGACGCAGAAAAUUGAGGAACCCUUCAAGUCGGCCUUUCUGAUGCGCGACGAACCGCUUUCGCUCCUCGACAUCUCACAGACGGAUUUGUCUCAACAUGAAUUUGCAUUUCUUUCUGCCUGUGAAACCGCAGUCGGCGUCUUCAGUACGCCCGAUGAGGUGAUACACCUAGCGGCCGGCCUGCAAUUUUCCGGGGUGAACAGCGUUGUGGGGACAUUGUGGAAGGUCACAGAUAAUACCGUGCAACGCUUAGUAGAGGCAUUCUACAAAAAUCUUUGCGGGGAUGGCCCAAUGAAUUCCAAACGAGCUGCCUGGGCGCUGCACCGAGCGGUCCAGUUGUUAGCUUGCGAUACGGACAAUAUAAUGCCCUUGGACCAGCGCAUAGUGUUCGUGCAUAUUGGCAUAUGAUUCAUUUCCGUCCAGUCAUGACCACGCACAACCUGUUACUUGCCAAGGACUUCGAUAUUGCGGACUUUGAACUGUAUGGUAAUCUACACGAUAUGUACAUUCGAUUUAGACUUGAAUUUUUAUUUUCUAGCUUGUUGCCUCUGAAUGUGAUCGCUCCUGUGCACUGAA